CAGUUCACACCGCACCACUACAGUGGCUAGUGCAUGGAGCACCCGUCCCUUAUAAAUGGCCACCUCCCACUCGUCCCCUUCGCUCUCAUCACGCGCAUCCAAGAACGACCAGCUCUCCUCUUUUGCUACUGCCUGUGCAGACACGAGACCUCCGGCAGUGAGUUUCGGAGCGGCCGCGUUAAGUUCUGCCUCCGCAUUAGCUGCGGUUUCCGGAGGCUGGGUGCAUACGGGUGAAGCCGGUGGCCAGCCAGACAUGCCUAACCGGGUGGACAACGACUCCGGGGGCGGCGGCGGAGCGGGGGAGCCCGUGGAGGCCAGCGGCGGCGUGUACGAGACAGUCCUGCCACCGGGGAAGAGCGAGCGGUUCGCGGAGCCCGUGUCCGCGCCGCAUGGAGGCGGGGGCGGCAGCGACAGCGACGAGGUGGAGAUCACGCUCGACGUGCUGGACGACUCGGUGGUGGUGCGAAGCGUGAAGCCGGUGGCGGGAGGGGAGGACUCGGCGGUGACGCUGGAGAAGCGGUCGUCCUCGCACGGCCGUGGCGUGCUCCGGAACGCCUCCGCGCGGGUCAAGCAAGUGUCUCAGGGGCUCCGGCGGAUCGCGUCCUUCAACCUCCGGGGAGGCGGCCCUAGCCGCAUCGACAGGUCCAACUCCAAGCCCGUCGCCACGCACGCGCUCGAGGGUCUCAAGUUCAUCAGCGGCACUAACGGCUCCGCCGAGUGGACCGCCGCCGACGCCGAGAGGGUUUUCGACAGAAAAGCCAAGAAUGGGCGCCUCUCCCGCUCCAAGUUCGGCGAGUGCAUCGGUAUGAAAGAGGCCGCGUUCGCCGGUGAGUUGUUCGACGCGCUAGCAAGGCGGCGGAACAUCACCGGAGACAGCAUCGACAAGUCGGAGCUGCGUGAGUUCUGGGAUCAAAUUUCAGACACCAGCUUCGACAGCCGCCUGCAGACCUUCCUCGACAUGGUGGACAAGAACGACGACGGGAGAAUUAGCGAGGACGAGGUCAAACAGAUCAUCACGUUGAGCGUAUCGGCGAACAAGCUAACGAUGGUCCCGCGACAGUGCGAGGAGUAUGCACGUCUCAUCAUGGAGGCGUUGGACCCCGACAAACUCGGCUACAUCGAGCUGUACAACCUGAAGAUGCUGCUACUGGAGGCGCCGAGCGAGUCGACAACCAACAGCCACAAGCUCAGCAAGCUGCUGAGCCAGCGUCUCCGCCCAACGACGGAUCCCAGUCCUGUCCGACGGUGGUACAAGCGUGCCAAGUGCUCCUUGGAGGACAACUGGCGGCGCUGUUGGGUAAUGCUUCUGUGGCUCUCCAUUUGCGUGGGCCUCUUCGCCUGGAAGUUCAUGCAAUACCGCCAUCACGCCGUAUUCGGGGUGAUGGGCUACUGCGUGUGUGUGGCCAAGGGCGGGGCCGAGACGCUCAAGUUCAACAUGGCGCUCACCCUCCUCCCCGUGUGCCGCAACACCAUCACUUGGCUCCGGAGCCACACCACCGCGGGACGAAUCGUGCCCUUCAACGACAACCUCAAAUUCCACAUGGCGAUCGCCGUUGGGAUCACUGUCGGCGCCGGGCUACACGUCAUCUCUCACCUGGCAUGCGACUUCCCCCGGCUGCUGCACGCCAUGGACGACGAGUACGAGCCCAUGAAGCCAUUCUUCGGCGACGCCAAGCCGCCCAACUACUGGUGGUUCGUGAGGGGGACAGAGGGGUGGACGGGGCUAGUGAUGAUGGCACUCAUGGCCGUCGCCUUUACGUUCGCCACGGCACCGCUCCGCAAGGGGAAGCUCCGCCUUCCAAAGCUCAAGAAGCUCGAGAGCCUCGACAGCAACCACGAGCCUAGGGAGCUCACCCGCUUCGCCAGGCUCGUCAACGCCUCGUGUAGCCGCCUCACUUGGUUGGUCAACGCCUUGCUCAACCGCUUCACUGGGUACAACGUCUUCUGGUACACACACCACCUCCUCCUCGCCGUUUACGCGCUGCUCAUCGUCCAUGGACACUUUCUCUACCUCAACAAGAAGUGGCAAAAGAAGUCGACGUGGAUGUACCUGGCGGUGCCGAUGACCGUGUACGCAUGCGAGCGGCUGACGAGGACGCUGCGAUCGAGCGUGAGGUCGGUGAAAAAAGUCAGGGUGGCCGUGCAUCCGCACCCGGCGACCCUGCUGUCGCUGCACUUGUCCAAGCCGCAGGGGUUUAGGUACAAGAGCGGGCAGUACAUCUACGUCAAGUGCCCCGACGUCUCGCCAUUCCAGUGGCACCCGUUCUCCAUCACGUCGGCGCCAGGGGACGACUACGUCAGCGUCCACAUCAAAACGCUCGGCGACUGGACCAACCAGCUCAGGAACGCCUUCUUAAAGGUUUGCCCAACACCGACAGAGGGGACGACCGAGAUUCUUCGGGCGGAGUACAACCGUGACAACGCCGUGUCCAACCCGAGCCUCCCGAAGGUGCUGAUCGACGGGCCAUACGGGGCGCCGGCGCAGGACUACAAGGAGUACGACAUCGUGCUACUGGUGGGACUCGGCAUCGGUGCAACGCCUAUGAUCUCGAUCAUCAAGGACAUCAUCACCAACGCGAGGCGGCUCGACGGGGACGUUGAGUCCGGCAACGGCAACGGCGGCGGCGCGAGCCUGUUCCGGACCUGUCGAGCCUACUUCUACUGGGUCACCCGGGAGCAGGGCUCCCUGGAGUGGUUCCGUGGGGUCAUGGACGAGGUGGCCGAGGCCGACGAGAAGCGCAUCAUCGAGCUCCACAACCACUGCACCAGCGUCUACCAGAAGGGCGACGCCCGGUCGGCGCUCAUCGCCAUGCUCCAGUCCCUCCACUACGCCAAGAACGGCGUCGACGUCGUCUCCGGCAGCCGCGUCAUGUCCCACUUCGGCCGGCCGGACUGGGCCCAAGUCUACCAACGCAUCGCCGACGAGAAUAAGCAAAAACGCGUCGGAGUGUUCUAUUGUGGCGAGCCGGUGCUCACGAACGAGCUGCGCGGGCUUGCAAAGGAUUUCUCAAGAAAAUCAAGCACAAAAUUCGUGUUCCACAGCGAGAAUUUCUAGUUUUGCAAGACAUCCAGCCAGAAGAGGGUUCUCCUUUUAUUUUUCCUGGCAGAAAAAAAGAGAGAGAAGAGGUUUCUCCUUUUGCAGAACCCGUGUUAAUUUAGCUCCUAGAUUAAUAACGUUGUGGCUUCCCGUACUGUGUGCCCGGAGUAGGGGAGAGCGUGGACGCCAGCGGCGGCGUGCGGGAGAGAGCCGUGCCUCCGGGGGCGCGGAAGACCAACGCAACCAACGCCUCUCUGUUUUGCCAACGAAAUCAUUUUCAUUUAUAGUACGUAUUAUUUAUUAAAAGAAAACACGCCAAACGUUUCCUCGUCUUCGUCUUCCUCCACCGAUCCGCCACCCACCCAAUUCGAUUCGCGACUCGCAAGAACCUCCUUCCUCUCCCUGUCGACCACCUUCGCCGACGCCUCGCCCUCGCCUCGCCUCGCCUCGCCUCGCCGCCGUUAUUUGCUCGCGCGCCUCCGGCGGCCGCCCGCUUGCAUGCCAUCUCCUCCCCUCCCUCCUCGAAAAAGCCGACUUUUUUCUUCCCCGAAUUCCGGUUCCGGCGAUCCUUUGCCGCCGUCGCGUCGCCCCCCAUUGUUUAUCUUCGAUCCCCGACGUCUUCGUCUCAUCCGUCGCUCCGCCACCUCUCUCGUCUUCUACAAGUUCUCUCAUCAGAUCAAUCUUGAAGAUGCACGGCUUCAACUUCCUGGCCCGGACGGGACCCUACAAAUCACUUGGGUCGCCGCCCGGCGCCAGCACACGACGUCUUGCGGUUGCGGUUGCGGGGACGGGACCGGUAAUCCAGCCUGUGCGUGCGACGAUCGAUCGUCUCUCGUCUCGUCUCGUCUCGUCUCAACUGCUGCAUGCAUGCAUGCGCGCACGCAGAGUGUUAGGCCGAAUGCUCUGCUCCUCCCGACCCCGACCCGACCCAUGCGUUUGAGCUGCUCCACGCCCGCCGGCGCCGUGGCAUCCUGCAUGCACCACAUACGCGACUAUUUCUUGUGCUUGUGAAAUACUCCCUCCGUCCGUUUUUAUUGAUCUUAUUAAAUCAAUCAGACAACCAGAUACGACUAGGCAGGUGCGUACCCGCACCUGCGUGUCCCUGUGAAUUUCCGCCCUAUGUGAUGCAUCCUUGUGUGAAUAAAAUCUACUAUCUGUUAUCCUUAGUCACCCCGUAAAACACUGUAACUCUCGGUCGGUGUAGCAUUACUACCUUGCUUAUGUGAUCUAUGGUCAUGUGAAUCUAUCUUGGUCAAUCAAUAUUACCAGCUUAAUUACCGAAAGUAACAACCGUGUGUUUGCUGUGCUGCAGCCUCCCGAAGGUGCUGAUCGACGGGCCGUACGGCGCGCCGGCGCAGGACUACAAGGAGUACGACAUCG